AUGGGGAAACCUCAAUUUCCAGGUAUAGAGUUUAAUAUUUCCAGUAGUAACUUGGUUUUGGGUCUCGGAGUUAGUCAAAACCAGCGUCCUAUUGGAAUAGAUUUGAGCCACGAACAACAGCGUAUAGACCCACACAGUAUUGUAGACCAGUUCCGCUCAAUCAUGAGUGACGAUGAAGUUGACCAAUUGGAAUCAAUGUCCGAUGUUGGUCAACGAUAUCUCAAGUUCAAUCAUUUGUGGACAUUGAAAGAGGCUUACAGCAAGUAUUUAGCACUUGGACUUAACAUGGACUUGGCUUCUUGUUCGUUUGAAAUGGGGAAACUCGACGAUACAGAGAACAAGUUCCCUCCAGAAUCAGAGACUGAAGUAUUACCACUACAUGUUAAUUGGACACAACUGUUUCUACAGACACAGACUCAAAAAUGCCAUUCAUGUGUGGUUAAACCACCUAUAAAUCCUGAUCGACUCCCGGUAAUACUUUCUGUUGUGCAUGACGAAUCCCAUCCAGCUAAGGUAUACUAUAUUGACAUGUUUAUUGUGGCAGACCAUCCUGAUGAUUUCCGAUCGGAACCUAAAUUCGUAAGCGCAUUGCAACUGUUGAUCAGUGACAAGGUUCAAGAUGACUUUUCGUUUAUUAUUGAAGCUGGAACCAAUGCCCUGACAUUCAUGCCUAUUUAUGAUUUCCGUGAAAUACCUUCUUACUGUCGUGUUCCUAAUAUUGAAAGUGUUUUCGGAUAUAUUCAAGUAGAUGAUUUAGGAAAAAUGAUUCCGGGUACUUAUCAAUCCAAUGUUAUGUACAGAAUGUGCAAUUGGAAUGGAUUGCCCAAGUUUAGUGAUUUUAUGUAUGAACAGAUCAAACAAAAGUUGGAAUUAGAGGUGGAUUAA